UCUGUCACACUCCCCUCUCCUUCCGCUCGCUCACAAUCACUGUUCACGUUUGGCAGAAGGCGACGGCUCAUUCGUCGACGGCCGUUUUUGGGCGUCAGAAAGAUGAGUGACAUCAAACCUGAACUAUCGGUUAGCUCGUCUUCCGGAGCGCGGUGAAUUUGGCGUCUUUUUUUUUAAGGCCUGCUUGUUGUUUUGGACUGCGCACCUGUUGCCAGUCUCCUCUGGAAUGCUCUGAUUUCUCAGUGGAAGGCAUUUGUUUACAGCUUUCCUCCUGGAUUACUUGUGGAGAUUAGUGAUGGGGAACGUUGGUGGCUCCGAGCAGGAGCCGACUGAGGGCCAAGAGGGCAGGAACUCAGUCGGGGCAGCGUCCGGAAUGACUGACCCGGCAGGUACCCCGCAGAAGAAGCAGCCGACUCCCCCAAAACUGCCCAUGCCUUCGGAGAAAGAGCUGGAGGACCGGUUCAAUGAGGUUCUGAGCCACAUGAACCUCCCUCCUGACAAACUGAAUCUCCUGAGUCAAUACGACAAUGAGAAGAAGUGGGAGCUGGUCUGCGAUCAGGAGCGAUUCCAGGUGAAGAGUCCUCCGUCCACCUACCUGAACAAGAUCAAAAGCUUCUACCUGGAUCAAGUUGGGGUUCCUCGCAGGCUGAAGAGAAGGAUCCAAGAAGCCACCAAGGCUCUGAAGGAUUUAGAGAUCUCACUGCGCACCAACCACAUUGGCUGGGCCCAGGAGUUCCUCAGUGAGCAGAACAAAGGUUUGGACGUGCUGGUGGAGUACCUGUCUCACGCUCAGAGUGACACCUGGUUUGAUGCGGACACGUCUGAAAAUGGCGGCACCUUGUCCGAGAGAGGGAAACCGGCCGAGAGGUCGGUGGAAGACCUGACCAAGAGCCCCGGUGGCUCACAGUCACACGGCAUGACCAAAGCUGCUCGCGCGCUGACCGUGAGGAUCAGCUCGACGCUGGGAAACAAGAUGCACCGGAGGACACCUGCUUCUACCCAGAGAGACGACAUCCACGUCUGCAUCAUGUGUCUGCGAGCCAUUAUGAACUACCAGUCUGGUUUUAAUCAGGUGAUGACUCAUCCUCGCUGUGUGAACGAGAUCACGCUCAGCCUCAACUGCAGGAAUCCCAGAACCAAAGCGCUGGUGUUGGAGCUGCUGGCCGCUGUGUGUCUGGUCAGAGGAGGACACGACAUCAUUCUGUCGGCCUUCGACAACUUCAAAGAGGUGAGCAAAGAAAGGAAUCGUUUUGAGAAACUGAUGGAGUAUUUCAUCGACGACGACAGCAACAUUGACUUCAUGGUGGCCUGUAUGCAGUUCAUCAACAUUGUGGUCCAUUCUGUGGAGAACAUGAACUUCCGUGUUCAUCUGCAGUAUGAAUUCACUCACCUAGGCUUGGACAAGUAUCUGGAGAGUCUGAAGCAGACGGAGAGCGAGAAGUUGCAGGUUCAAAUCCAGGCCUACUUGGACAACGUCCUAGAUGUGGGCGCUCUUCUGGAGGACGCCGAGAACAGAGGAGGGGUGCUGGAUCACGUGGACCACCUACAGGAGAACAACAUCCAGUUGAGCACCCAGAUGCAGGAACUGGAGAAGCAGGCCACAGAGAGAAUAAGUGAACUGGAAACUCAGCUGAUUCAGGCCACCAAGGAGACCGAGCUGCUGAAGGAGAGUCUGAUGGAGUCCAUCUCCAAGGUCAGCACUCUGCAGCAGAGGGAGCGGGAGAUGGAGUUGGACAGGGAGAGGGAGAAGGACAGGGAGCGUCUCAGCUCUGCCGCCCUUCAAGCGCCGGCAGAGCUGGAGCAGAAGGUCCAGGAGCUCCAGAACAAAGGGCUGAUACGACUCGGCCGCACGGCCUCGGGGUCUCUGGAUAUACAGGUGGUGCCGGUCACAGUGGUGGAGUAUGUCCAGGCCUCGAACUCUGGCCCCGACACCAGCAUUCCUCCUGCUGCACCUCAGCAGAACUCUGCCCCUCCUCCACCGCCGCCUCUCCCAGCAGGUUGUGGCCCUCCUCCUCCUCCUCCUCCACUUCAGAAUGGUGGAGUUGCCCCACCUCCUGCUUUACCUGCUUUCGGACCUCCUCCUCCUCCUCCACCGCCACCUGGUUCCGGACCCCCGCCACCCCCUCCACCCCCUCCUCCACCCGGUUCUGGACCUCCUCCUCCACCUGGCUCUGGACCGCCACCACCUCCUCCCCCACCCAACAGUGGACCACCACCUCCUCCUGGUUUAGGACCACCUCCUCCCCCUAGUGGUGCAAACGCUCUCUCUGGCCUGAAGAGCAAGAAGCCCAUCCAAACCAAGUUCAGGAUGCCUUUGCUAAACUGGCAGCCGUUGAAACCCAAUCAGGUGACCGGCACCGUUUUCAAUGAGCUGGAUGAUGAGCACGUCCUGGGGGAGCUAAACAUGGAGAUGUUUGAAGAACAGUUCAAGACCAAGGCUCAAGGAAACCCUAAAAAUGUUUUCGAAAGCAAAACAAAGAAAUGCCAGAAAAUCCCGACCAAGACGUCAUUGAUCGAUGCCAACAAGGCCAAGAAUCUGGCCAUCACGCUACGCAAGGGCGGGGUGAACCCCACCGGCAUCUGCGUCGCCAUUGAGACGUACGACCAGCAGUCUCUGUCCAUCGACCUCCUGGAGCUGCUGGAGCCUUUCAUUCCGUCGGACUUUGAGAUGAAGCUGCUGAACAACUAUGAGAAAGACGGACGUCCGCUGGAGGAUCUGUCAGACGAAGAUCGGUUCAUGUUGCGUUUCGGGAAAAUCCCUCGCCUGAAGCAGAGGAUGAACACGCUCACCUACAUGGGCAACUUCCCGGAGUCGGUCAAGCGGCUGCAGCCGCAACUGAACUGCAUCAUUGCCGCGUCCAAGUCCAUCAAGUCUUCUGCAAAGCUGAAGAAGAUUUUAGAGAUUGUUCUAGCUUUUGGAAACUACAUGAACAGCAGUAAGAGAGGGGCUGCUUACGGUUUUCGCCUUCAGAGUUUAGAUCUUUUGUUGGAAACCAAGUCGACAGACCGCUCCCAGACGCUGCUUCACUUCAUCACAAACAUCAUCCAGGAAAAAUACGCUGACCUUUGCAACUUCCACACGGAGCUGCACUUUAUAGACAAGGCAGCAGUGGUGUCCCUGGAUGGAAUUCUUCAAGACAUCCGCUCUUUAGAGCGCGGCAUGGAGAUGACCAAGAAGGAGCUGGCGCAGGACGACAACCCGGUGCUGAAGGACUUCAUCGGCAGCAACAGUGAGCCUCUGGAGUCUCUGAUCAGAGACAGCAAGACAGCGCAGGAGGCGUACGCCGCCGUGGUAGAGUAUUUCGGAGAGAACCCAAAGACGACGCAGCCCGCCAUGUUUUUCCCCUUGUUUGGUCGCUUCAUAAAGGCCUAUAAGAAAGCAGAGCAAGACAUCGAGCUGAAGAAGAAGAUGGAGCGCGAGAUGAACGAGGAGAGAGAUUCACCUUCGCCCAAGAAAGCAGCAACUCAGAAGAGUCCCAUGACGCCCAAGAUGCCUCAGAUGGAUUUCAUAGCAGAGCUGAAAAAGAGGCAGGUGAAGCCGCAGGUGCGCGAGGGCAAAGAUGGAGCUCUGGAAGACAUCAUCACCGAUCUGAGGAACACGCCAUUCAGACGGGCGGACGGACGCCGACCCACUCAGCGACAGGACUCUUGAGGCUCCUCAAAUCUUUUAACUGCAAACACUCCAGAUGUCCAGCUUUAAAAUACUCUGUGUAUAAAGUUAUAUAGAUAAUACUCACCCACGUGUUGUCUUGCGUUUUGUGUGAAUGUGAGGUGUAAAUACAAGUUUGAACUAUUUGGUUAAAUGCUUUCUUUCCAGCUGAUAAAAAAAAAAGUGCCUCUCAGUUCUGUGUUGUUGCUGGCAUAAAUAAAAAAAAUAUUUUUUAAAUAAGACAUUUAAAGUGGGUCAUUUGGUGCUCCAUAAGCAACCCAUGGAGGAUCUUAAAAAAAAAAUGUAUGAAUGUGUGCUUGUGUUUGUGAAGCUGGUUUUAGUGCUGCAGCAUGACAGGAAUGUUGCAGGUUCAAAUUGAGGUUGAGGCACAUGAAGUGGUUCCUUCAAUUGUUUCUUCCUGUUUGUUGUAUUGAUAUUUUCUUAGACCCUUUUACUUUCUUAAUAAAAUUGGUGUAAAAAUGGAGAUAAUUGAUCUGUAAACAUUUUAUGUAGUUGUAUGUAGUUGGGGGAUUGUGAGCAUUUUUUUACGAUUUUCUUCAUCAUUGUUAUGGAUCAUAUUCAGAUUACAUACAUUGGACAUAUACUGAUUGACAAUUUUAUCUCAUGAAUUUGAAUCAUAUAACUCUAUAUUUGUUUGGAGAAGUUGAGGAACGCUCAGUUAUUUAAUAUGAUAAUGAACAUUUUUGCCCUGUUAUUCAACAGAUAUUUGAAUAAAUUCCAUUUUAACGGCAGGAAUAUUAAAAAAAAAAAAAAAACAAUGCAUUUUCCAACUUCCUCAAGUUUUAAUGAAAUUAUUAAAAGAUAAAUUGUGUUACAUAUUUUUAAAAACUCUAAAAUUCUAAAUCUGGCUGAAACAUCAACUCUCCUUUGACAUUGGUGAACUGAACUUUAUAAUAGUUCCUGUAGAAAACGUACUUUUCAAAGAAUAUAAAGACUCACAAAGUACUGACAUGACUGCAUUUACAUUU